GUCACUUUGAUGCAUUGUGAAAUCCCGGCUUUUGAGGUGUCAGGGCACAAGGCCAGACAUUUAGUAUCUUUCCAGUCUAUGAGAUCAGGACUUCUCUACCUCCAGACAGGUGGUUGCAGCCCCUUCCAGGUGAUUUUCAUUACAGUUGCACACCGCUGGCCAGCUUUUCUCGGUGUGUGCUGCAAACACCGUGGAUGAUGAGCUGCUUAUCUCAGAGACUGACUUGGGCAGAUUGGAAAAAAACGCAGAGAACUAGAUUUAACUCCAUUUCGUGCUCUCUGCCUUUUGUUCAAGGUUACUCUUAGAAUAAAAUAUUUUCUGCAGUUGCACAUACGCUUUUUAUAUUCUUGGUAAAAGAUCUAAAGGGCUAACACUCUUCCUAGCGAUGUUAGCCCUGGCUUUCCAGUUGUAUUUCUAUUCCAUGGCCUUUUAGCAGUCUUUCCUACUGUUUUCUCAUCACCUGUUCUCCACAUGCCAGAGGCACUGUGGGUUUCUGUGCUUCUCAUCCUCCCACAGAAUUUCAGGGUUGCUUUUGGACUUGAAAGCAGUGAACUUUCUGGAAGGGAUAGUGAAGGGAUUUCAAAGAGUAGAACUGUCUCCCUUGAAGAAAUUUACAAGUCUUGUACACAAAAACUCAGUUUAAGAGUUUUCUGAUGUAGUUCUUAAGCAUGAGAAUGUCUUCAUGCUAGUGACCUGAGUCACUAUAUGCAUUCAGAAAAAUAUAUUGAGCUUUGGAGGCAUUUGUAAUAGGUGUGUGCAAUAUUUUUAGCAUAUGUUCUGAGUUACCUCUCCUUGCAAAACCUCACAGUUAAUUACUUCUUGGUUCCUAAGGUUUUAAUUUACAAAUCAAAAGGAAGGCUAUGAAAAAAAUCAACAAAAAGAUUAUUAAUAGAUAAAAGAUGUCUAUGGCAGUAUGCCUUUUUAUCUCCUGAAACAAUGGCAAAUCCUUCAUAAGCAGCUUUAUCUGUGAGGGUGUGGUUUCAUGGGCAUGGAUUUAGUCCUUGCAAAUGCCAGUAGGGGCUCACUGAACAGAAAAUCAAAAAUUUCAACUUUGACUAAAAAGCAGAAACUUUGCAGCUGUUUCAGUUUCUUAGUGUCAAAGCAUAGAUGUGUUUUUGCUUAGGGGGUAAUAGCAAACCAAAUUACUGUAUGUAUCAUUCAGUUAAUAAAAAAAAAUAAAUUGUGAGUUAAGGAGCGAUUGCAAAUUUCUACCAAAAAUGAAUUGUUGUAUAGGACCUAAAAUGGAUCUAUGUAUUGUUAGAGUUAUCAUUAUGGUUCUGUGUAUUGUUAGAUCAUUGUGGCUAGAAACUGUGUUAUUUGUCUGAAUAUACAGUCAUUUCUAUAAUAAAUACUUUAAAUAAUAUGUAAUUUAAUAACCUAAAUAUUCUUAAAGCAUUUGUGUUCUGUUCAACAAAAUCUAGGGGAAGAAUAAUGAUUUUGGUUUUAGUAGGUAGAUUGACUGUGGAAUUCUCUUGUGUGAGGCUAAUGUCAUAGGUGGGUCUUUGGGCUGUGAAAAAUUCCCUGUUCAGCCAGCCUGGCCUGAGAAGCCAGCAAGUCAAUAAAUGAUACUCUGGAAAAGCCAGAUAAGAGAUGUCCUUAGGUGUGUGCUGUGCCAGAGGAAUGGCAACGUUAUCUCACAGUGCCAGGAUAAGGUACCAUUUUUCCAGCAAGCAGGAAGAAGCUGUUUUAGAAGACUUCAUCUUGAAAGCUCUGCUAAAGCAGAAGGAAGGGUUGAAGGGGAGGAGACUGCCAGUUCUGGAGCUCUCCUUGUAAUGCAGGGAAUGAGGAGAAGAAAAACCAUGGGCAGCUCCACUUGAAAUUGCUCAAAAUGUUCACUCACUAUUCAGGUGGCCGUGGCUCUUGGUGACUUCUGCUUAAUGCAGGUGUGUCCCUGUCUCCAGGCUCAGUUAAAGACAUUGCUCGUGUGGUGGUUCUUAGGCCAGAUGUAGGGAAAAUGGGUUUCUUGAGAGAAGGAUCUUUCUCAGAUUUCUCCAGUGCUUUUCACGUGCUGAGUCCUUUCAAACAAUUCUUCCACGAGGUGGCACCGUUCCCUGGGAGAGGCUGCUGCGCUGCCUGGGGUCAAAGGGCUCAGGGAUGCUUCCGGGCAGAACCAACUUCAGCAGCUUUCUGAAAAUGGCUGUGCUUUUCCACUCUUUCCGUGUCUCUUUGGAGCUUCCUGACUGCUUUCUGGGGUGGUUUUUUUUUUUAGUUUUUGUUUGGUUUGUUGUUUUUUUUUUCCUUUUAGAUUUGUGGCAUUUAGAGGAAUCUUUUUUAUGGCAUGGAAGUUAAAACCAGGUGAUGCCGAGCUAGAAUGGUGGUUUACUUAAUUUGGAGUUAAAAUUGUGUGGCUUUUGAACAUGAAAAGGAAUGACCAAUAGCUAUCAUUAUUUCUAGGAAGGAAGGGAAUUAUUUCUACAGGAUUUUCCAGAUUCACAGGAAAUGAAGAAUUGUAAUGUCAACUUCCAUAAAAUGGACGAUGAUGAUGACAUCCCCCAGCUUUCAUCCCAUACGUUGGCUGCCCUCCAGGAGUUCUAUUUGGAGCAGCAGCAGAGAGAAGGCAUGAAGACCUCCCAAGGGUUUAAUCAAUAUUCCAUUGGUUCAAUAGAAGAAGACUGGCAACUGAGCCAGUUUUGGUACAGUGAUGAAACUGCAUCGUGCCUGGCUAAGGAAGCAGUUCUGGCAGCUGGAAAAGGUGGCAGGAUAGCGUGUGUCAGUGCACCGAGUGUGUACCAGAAACUGAAAGAACAGGACAGUGAAGAUUUUUCUGUGUGUAUACUGGAGUAUGACAGAAGGUUUUCUGUGUAUGGAGAAGAAUUUAUCUUCUAUGAUUACAACCACCCUUUGGACUUACCUGAAAAUGUCCUGCCACACAGUUUUGACAUCGUAAUAGCUGAUCCACCCUAUCUAUCUGAGGAAUGUCUUCAAAAGACUGCAGAGACCAUCAAAUAUCUAACAAAAGGAAAGAUUCUGCUUUGUACAGGUGCAGUCAUGGAGGAACAGGCAGCAAAGCAUCUUGGUGUGAAGAUGUGCAAGUUUAUUCCAAAACACUCACGAAAUUUAGCCAAUGAAUUUCGAUGUUAUGUGAACUAUGCUUCUGGACUGGACUAAUUCUCCUAAGAUCAUCUACAGAUCUACAACAAGUCAAGCUUCUUUCUGUUUUUUAUCAGUUACACCACAUUUCUCAGGGCUGAAAUAUCCAGCUCUGAGUACUGUUUUCUGAGAUAUCUGGAAUUAACAGUGUGAUAGUCUCUCUCUUUUAAAUGAGUAAGCAUUUGCAGUUACUGUGUUUCAUAUUAGGUAAAUGCAGACCAAGCAAUGCAGGUGCUGGAUAAUGGGAACUUCUUUGUUAGAGUUUCAUUUAAUGGUAGCUUUUACCAUUUGAGGACACAUCAGUGAGCUCUUAGAAGUGAUUUUAGCUUAUAGCAACACAUAGGUGUUUGCCUUGCAGGCAUCAUUGCCAAAGAGUUAGAUACUUCUGUAGUAAUGGGGCCCAUACAUGUCCCUUAAAUCUUGAACCACAAUGGCUCUGAUUAAGUGUAGUGCCUGCUUUUUAAUAAUUUCAAUAUCAAACUAAAGAGGAUCUGCAGGUAUGUCAAGUUUAUAGUUACAAGAAUGGUUUUUUUCAGUUGUGUGGUUUUAUCUUUUUCUCCUGUUCUACAGACAGCAGCAGAGCAGUAGAA